CUGGCGCGCAGCGAGCGCCAUCUAGGCGCGCCUGGGCGCGGGGCCGACUCUUCCGUGUUGGGCGGGGGACAUUGGGGUUUCCAGCCAGCGUUUGGAACCAGUCUGCGUUUGUCGCCUUUGCGGAGGGGGGACUGCAGGAGGGAAAGGGGACAGCUCCAGCCCAAGGCACGACGGAAAAGGCAGAAAUCUAAACUUUCUGGGCUUCUGUUUGCCUGUCUGUAAAAGGGGCAGAACAAUCAGAAAUUUGUCCCCAAAAGUUGUGAGGAUUAAGAGAGUUUGUUUACUGAGCAGUACUUGGUUUACAGGUGGUCCUCAAGGUAAGCUUUUAUUAUUGUUCUUGUGAUGGGGAGCCUGAGUCUCAGGACCAGAAGGAAGAUUGACACAGGUAGGAUCUAACCCAGCCAGUCAGGAUUCCAGGACUAGAGGUGUAGUUAGGUUCUGUGGGACCUCCCUCUUAGGGCACUGACUUGAAAUCCAGGAUUUUUCAAGUACUCCCUGAAACUCUGCUCCGCAACAUCCUAUUCUCUCAUUUUGAAAACACUGAAGUUCAGAGAGGUUGAGUGACUGGCUUGAGGUCAGACAGCUUUUCUAGGAGACUCUGCAGGGAUACUGAGACCUUGGGUUUCUCACCUCUAGAGCCUUGACUGCCAGGCUACCCUUUUCCCCUGCCUGCUCUGGCCUUUGCUGUUGUGGAGGCAAAAAACCCUGGAUCUUAGGCUUCUACCUCUCUUGGGGCCCAGGGGGACAUAAACAUUGAUGGCCAAGGAUGCAGGGCAAGUGAAUUUUGAACACUGAUCUUGUACCCAACCCUGCUAGGGAAGGUGGGCAAAUUGUGCCUGUUUUACAGAUGAAUCAGGUGCAGAGAAGGAACACAGUCCCGCUGCCAUCAAGAGAGUAGGGCCCCACCAACCCACAUGUUCCCUCUUCCUCUGGGUCACGCUGACUGCCAACUUUUCUUCAAGGCUUCAAGAGCUGCCUUAGGGUUUGGUUUUUAACCCUGUGACCUCUUGUACCACCUUCAGGCAGAUGUGUCAGGAAAGGGGCCUGGAGUGAGAAGGGGGCUGAUGGGGGUGUCUUGACAUGGAGGAGACCAUGUUUUCUGGAGGGCAGAGCUCUUCAGGAGACUGAAUCCCAGCUUGGGUGCCAGUUGGCUACCAUAACCUCAGCCAAGUCCCCUCCUCACUGUGGUUUUUACCUCCUGUGCUGUGAAAAGGAUGUGUUUCAUGUGUCCAGAUAACAUGUCCCAGGUCAGAAGUUUAAGGACUCGGUAUGAACAACAAUGAAACAGUACUCAGGGGUGCUCUCUACAGCCCCCAAUCUAUAGAGAGGGGGAGGCCCAAGGAGUUUUCGAGAUCUACUGGGAUACCCCCAAAAUGUUUUUACCCACAGCAUUUCUGACACCAAACGUGUGGGUGUUUUUUUCCCCCACAUCAACCAGUUCUUCCAACUCCAGACACCAACUGGAUAUCCUACAAUUCAAUUCUGACACGAUCUACCUGGAGUUAGCACAGACAACACAGGUGAAGGGUUCAGUCCCUCAAGUCCACCCCCCCUGCAGACGCAGGUCACGUGUCCCAGAUUGCCACCUGUACUUCUGUAAACUUGAUGGUUUCCACAACUCCCUCCUCAAGUUCAGUAAUUUGCUAGAACAUCUCCCAGAGCCCAGGAAAGCACUGUACUACUAUUUCCAGUUUCUUAUAAAGAAUAUAACUCAGGAACAGCCAGGUGGAAGAGAUGCAUAGACAAUGUAUCAGGGAGGUGCGGGGAGCUUCCAUGCCCUCUCUGCACACAUCACCCUCCCAGCAUCCCUGUGUGUUCACCAAUGCUUAGGCAGGAUCGAUUAAGUUACUGGCCUUUGGUGAUUAACUCAAUAUCUAUCCUGUACCCUCACAGGAGGUGGGGCUGAAAGUUAGAAUCUUUUUUUUUGGUGACCAGUCCUGGUUCUGAAGCUAUCUAAGGGCCCCAGCCCUCUAUUAGCAUACAAAAGACACUUAUCAUUCCAGAGAUUACUAAAGUUUUAGGAGCUCUGUGGCAAGAACCAGGGACAAAGACUAAAUAUAUCUUAUAUAUUAAGAUGGGAACCGUCCUAGUCACCGCUGAAACAAAGGACAGAAGUUCUGUCCAACAGCCAUGUCCCUGGUUUUGCCCAAAGCCACAAGCACAGGGUGGAGAAGACUUAGGGAAUCUUUGCAGAGGGAGGCUGGACAUCCCUGUUGGCCUCUUGCUUCAGUGGCUCCCCAGGGAGGCCAGGCAGAGGCCUCUGGGCCAGGCUGUGUGGCUUUGGCAGGACCCUGCUGAGCUGAGGCCAAAGUGUGUGUCAGCCCUGGCCCGGCCAGCAGUGAUUCACCCCAGGCCUUGGCCCAGGCCCAGGAUGUGACUGGGGACCGUGGCCUCACUUCCCCUUCCAGGACUGUGACUCAAGGUCAGUGCCCACUUUUGCCGGGCUGUUGGGGGAUCGCAGGGGGCCUUGGGUUGGGUGCUACCCUAAGGAGCCCCUAUCCUCAGAGCUGGACACAAACACCUGCCUGGCCUUUUAGGACAUAAGUCAGAGCACAAGAUCCUGGGCCUCCUUUGCUUUAAACCCUCUCAUAGCUUCCUGGCUCCCUCUCAACAAAAUCUAAACUCCUGUAUUCCUCUCUGAAGCUCCUAUACAGUCCUCCUUCUCUGCCCUCUUCUCCCUUGCCUCCAAUGGCAUUAGCCUCCUUCAGGUUCCCUAAACAUGCCCAGCUAGUUUUCACUCAAGGCCUUUGCAUAUGCUCUGCCCACCACUUGGGACUCCCUUCCCACAGCUCUCCCAACUCUUUCUCUCCCUGUGGGGCUCAGCCUAUCCCACCCCCUCUUUGGUUCCUUCCUAGAAGUUUCACAUCCCUAAAUUAUUUGAGUUGUUUGUGUCCUCAGGCCCAGAUCAGGUCCCAGCAAAUGCCCAAGGGAUGGGAAACGGAGGCCACCUCCAGGCACAUGGAGGGGAAGAUUUUGGGGUCCCCUAUGUGCUCAGAGCCCUAACUUUCUGCUCAGGAUGGGCAGGCCAUAUGUAGUAACGACCAUACUCCUUAGCCCUGACCUGGCUCCUGCUCCUCCCCCUCCCCACUGAGUCUACCUUCUAGAACCUCCCCUCCCCCCAGGAGCUGGUAGGGAUUGGCUGGAACCUGGCUGUGAGUCACAAAGCCACUGUGGCACCAGGGCCCCAAGGCUGGCCAUUCGGGCUGGUGGGUUCAGCUUCAAGGGCAGGUGAGUGAGGCUGGUGGUGAGUUUGGUGGGGGUGGGUACAUGGCAAUCUGGUCAUUCUCCCCUGGAGCUGAGUACCCUUGGAGUCCUCCCAGGCCCUGCAGGUGGCUCUGAGAGGUGGGUCAGCUCCGCAGCCCCUCAGAGCAGAGGUGCUAGGGGCUCCAAAAGGCCUGAUGGUGGGUUUGUCUGCCUUGGGGGCCCAGCCUGGAGAGCCUAUCACAUCUUCUUGGGAGCGUGGGAAAGUGGGCUUAGUUCAAGUUAAGACGUCGGGAAACUGAGGCUCAGAGGGAUUUACUCAAAAUCGCCUUACUGGCUACUUGGCUUAUGUGUCAAGGGCUCCUAUUCCUUCAUCCCAUCUCUUGCAAUCUGGUUUCUCUUUUCCUGGCUUUCAUAUAACCCUUUUGGCUUUUAUGUAAUAUUUGUUCCUAUGAAUUGUACGGUUUUGGACAUUACUAUGAAUGGUAUUUUCUUCUCGUUUUCAUUUCCAGAUGGGUUUGUCUCAAUACAGAAGAGCUGUUGGUUUUUGUAUGUAGCCAUGUGCCUUAGCAAAGAUAGGAUACAUGAUAGAUAGAUAGAUAGAUAGAUAGAUAGACAGACAGAUUGAUAGACAGACAGACAGACAGACAGACAUAUUUUUAAACUAGAAUCUCUUGGGUCUUCUAGGGUGGCAAUUCUUGCUAAGCGCUCCUCCUUUUCAAACAUUUACACUGGUCACUCAAGUCUUUGUCACCUUGAUUUUGCUGUGACCACCAAAAAUGAUGAAGUGGGUAACAUCUUGCUCCUUCCUUUAAUAGAAAUGACUUCAGUAUUUCAUCAUUUAAAAUGACAUUUGCUGUGGUUUUGUGAUUAGGCUUACCAUUUUUAGGCACUAUCCUAUCUAUGUAUUAAAAAUGUUUAUUAGAAAUAGCUAUUGGAUUUGAUAAAAUGCUUUGGGUGUCCUUUUUGAAAAAUCAUGUGACUAUCUUUUUUUCCCCCUUAAUGGAGGUUCUGGGGACUGAACCCAGGACCUUGUGCAUGCCAAGCAUGCACUCUACCACUUGAGCUAUACCCUCCCCACUCCUUCUGUUUCCUUUUAAAUGGCCUAUAAUUGGAAUAACCAGUUUAUCCUCUUUUAUGUCCAGCUUCUUUCGCUCAAAACAAUGUGAGAUGUAUUCAUACUGUUGACCUCGUGGGUCAUUGAUUUAUAAAUAAGUCAAUAUUUCUAUUUAUUUAUAUUAAUACAUUGAUGAAUAUACAGCUGAUUUAUUCACUAUUCUGUUGAUGGGCAAUUGGAUCGUUUCUGGUUUGGGAUGAAUAUAAACACUUGGACCUCUUGAGUCUAUUCGUCAGGGUGGGAUUGAUGAGUAAUCUUCAAGAUUAUCAUUAGUUUCCCCAAGUGGUUGUAACAUGUUCAUCUCUUAAAUUUUAGCCAUUCUUGUGUAUCUGGAUACCAUUUCUAAUGGCUGGAUAGCACACCACUGUAUGAAUGUUCUACUGAUUAUUCUACUGAUUAAUUUCAGACAUCUCCUGUUAAUAAGCAUUUGGGUUGUUUCAGUUUUGACUCUUCUAAACAAUGCAGCAAUGAACAUCCUUAAACACCGUUCUUUAUGCACUUGUAAUUGACCCCUUAGCAAUCACCUUUUUGGUUAUUUCCAGUUGUUUUGUUUUUAGGUACAAAAUAACACUGGAAUAAACGUCCUUGCACCUUCAUCUUUGUAAACUUAAAGUCUUUUUUUUUUAACCCAAAGACAUGCAUGUAGAGUAGAUGCACUGACAGUUGUAGCAGAAGUGUUCAUUUUUGACGAUGGCUUUACCCCACCCUAUGGCCUGACUGGUAUUUCUCUAGUUUUACCUCUGAAUGCAUAAGCUUUGCAAAAAAAAAAAAUAAAGAUUCUUGUUUUGUUAGAGAAUUUAGGUUUUUUAGCUUUUAACAUCUCUUCUCACAUUGUUCUUGGGGACAGAGCCAGCCCAGGGCAGUGUUGCUGCACAUUGCGUGGGAUGAAGGGCUGAAAGCUGCUUCCUCUUGCAAGCUGGCUUCUGAGAUUGCACCUUCUCCUCCUGCUCCUCUUCCAACUCUAUGACCCUCCAAGGCAGAGCUGACCCGCCUAGGAACCAAGACAAUGCAGCAAGCAACACAGCUACAGGUGCCACCCAGUGGGCAGAGCUCCCACCAGCCCAUCCCUAAUCUUCAAGACAAAGCGGGGACGCUGUGUCCACAGCUACAGAUGUCACCCAGUGGGAAGAGCUCCUACCAGCCCAUCCCCAAUCUCCAAGACAAAGUGGGGACACCACGUCCACAGCCCCAGCACCAGCCACCUGCAUCCAAGGAGACCCUCCUGCAACAGCCUGACAAGGACAAGACGGUGGCUCGCCAUAUCCCACACCUCCGGGCUGUGGUCGAGAGCCAGGCCUUCAAGAAUGUCCUGGUGGACGAGAUGGACAUGAUGCUUUCCCGCGCAGCCACCCUCAUCCAGGCCAACUGGAGGGGCUACCGGCUCCGGCAGAAGCUGAUCUCUCAGAUGAUGGCGGCCAAGGCCAUCCAGGAGGCCUGGCGACGCUUCAACACCAGGCGCCUCCUCCGAUCUGGCAAGACGGUGGAGAAAAGAGUGAAAAUGGAGGAGAGGGACAUUCCUUACCACCCACCCCAGCAGGUGCGGUUCCAGCAUCCAGAAGAGGGCAAAUCCCUUCUGGCCCCACCCAUCAUGCUGAGCAAGGAGACUCAGUUCCCAUCCUCUGACAGCCUGGCCACUUACACCGAACAGCUGGCCCUGCUACAGUCCCAGGGCAUGUCACAGCCUGGUGUGCAGGCUACAUGUGCCGUUGGAGGCCCCAGUGUCACCUUCCUGCCACAUCAAGCUGUCGCCAUCAAACUUCCAUGUCCAGUGAGUCUAGAGGCAAAGUGCCACCCAUGCCUGCUGACAGGAACUGUCAGAAGUUCCUGCGUUGUCCAUGUAGAAGGCGACACAACAAAGACCAAGCCAGUAACUGGCAGAGCCAACAAGGCAGGAGCCACAGGGCCACCACUGUCCGGAAGGUAUGCCCAGGCAGUACAUGGACAGCUCAAGACCCAGACUCAGGCCCACAUGGAAGCAGAGGUCUUCAAAGCCCCACCCCAGACAGGCCCAACAUCUGUGAUAACCAAGACCCCACCCCAGCCAGUGCCCACCAUAACAGUCACCAAGACCCCGCUUCAGAUGUACCCAGCAGCCAGGAUAACCAAGACCCCACUCCAGCCUUGCCCAGUGCCCAUGGUAACAAUAACCAAGACCCCACUCCAGGUACACCUGGCAGCUCCAGUGACCAAGACCCCAGCCCAGACAUACCCGGCAGCCACAGUGACCAAGACCCCACUCCAGUCAUGCCUGGCGGCCAUGAUGAACAAGAUCCCACCCCAGCCAUGCCCGGCACCAAUGGUAACAAUAACCAAGACCCCACCCCAAGUGUACCCGGCAGCCCCAGUGACUAAGACUCCACCCCAGACGUACCCACCAGCCAUGAUGACCAAGACCCCACUCCAGUCGUGCCUGGCAGCCAUGAUGAACAAGAUCCAAUCCCAGCCGUGCCCAGCACCUGCAAUAACAAUAACCAAGACCCCACCCCAGCCAUGCCCAGUAACCCCAAUGACCAAGACCCCAGUCCAGAUGCGGCCAACAGCCUCAGUGACUAACACUUCACCUCAGACACGCCCAGCAGCCAUGAUGACCAAGAUCCCACCCCAGUUAUGCCUGUUGGCCUCAAUGAUCAAGUCCCCACCCCAGACACGCCCCACAGCCACCAUGACCAAGACCCCGCCCCAGACGUGCAUGGUGCCGAUGAUGGCCAAGACCUCACCCCAGAUGCGCCCGGCAGCUACGAUGACCAAGACCCAAUUGCAGACAUGUCAGGCAGCCACGAUGGCCAAGACCCCAUCUCAUCAGAUGCUCCAAGGAGGCUCGGUGACCAAGGCUCCUCCCCAGACACGCCUGGCAGCCAUGAUAACUAAGACCCCGGCACAGUUACGCUCAGUAGCCACCAUCCUCAGGACCCUAUGCCUGCCCCCUCCAGCAGCAGCUGAAAAUCCGAAACCUUCACUUUCAGCAGCGGCAGCAGCAGGAAUUCCUGACACCUCAUCCCACACCUGUCUAAGUGGGCCAAAGACCAAGGCUGUGGGGAACACCAGGCAGGCAGCAGGGGUGGUCAAAGUCUCGUCCCGCUCAUAUUUGACUGAGGGAAAGGCGAAAUAUUUCUCCCCGUCACAUCUGGGGGCUGGGGCUCCCAAGGUUCCAGCCAAGCCUCCUUUGGAAGGUGAGAAAAUCAAGGCCUUCUCCCAGAAACAAGUGAAAAUGGAAACCGUGUUUGAUACCAGUGUCGCCAUGGAAAUGCCUGGGGCUUUGUCCUGGGCAAAAGUGGCUGAGGACAGGAACAAGCAGGCCCACCUGAGGGCCGAUAUCAUGAAGAUCCAAUCCCGGGUGUAUGCGCCUGUAGAAACAGCUGUGGUGCCCCAGGCACAGCUGGACACGUGUCCCGACAGAGUUUCGCCUCCGGCACAGCCAGGCCCAUGUUCAACCACCAUCUCAUCCCAGAGACAUCUGCUCGCUGAGCUGACCAGGGCUCUGCCCCAGGCCCACUUGGGCACGUGUCUGUCCAAGCCCCUGUCCCAGGCAUAUCUGUCUACCAAGCUGACCAAAGCCCCAUCCCAGGGGUAUCCACCGUCACCUGCUGAGCUGACUGCAGCCCCAGCCCAGCCACAUCUAGCCACGUGUCUGUCCAAGGUGCAGUCCCAGGCCCACCUGCCCACCAAGCUGACCAAAGCUCAGUCCCAGGCACAGCUGGUCACAGGAGCGAUAAAGAUCCAGUCCCAAGCCCAUCUGCCCGCAGGGCUGACUAAGGCGCAGUCCCAGGCCCAGCUGGUCACAGAAACAGCCAAGUGCCUCCAUGCAGCCCACCAGGCUGCCGAGCUCAGCAGCAAGACCCAGUCCCAGCCACUCCUGAUUGGGUUCAAAGCUUCCACCCAGCCCUGCCAGCACAUCAGUGCCCUGGGCACUCUGCCCCGAGCCAAGCCAGAGGACAGACUGACCCAGCUCCCGUCCCAUAGCCAUGUGCAGGCCAAGGCCACCCAGGGCCCAUGCCAGGGGGUCUCUGAGACCCAGAACGUGCUGGUGCCUCUGCUGGCAUCUGCUGGGCACACCACGUGCAACGUCGAAUCCUGGGGGGACAGCGGGGCCACCCGGGCCCAGCCGUCAAUGACCAGCUCGGCCCCGCCAUGCCAGGAGGAGCUGGCAGCCUCCCAGCUGGCCUCCCUAUGUGCUGAGCUAGCCGCCGUGCUGGGCUCCCAGGAGGACCUCCGUGCCCUGCUGGCGAAAGCCCUCUCCCAAGGGGAAGUGAGGGCGGCCCUGAACCAGGCCCUGUCCAAAGAAGUCUUGGGAGCCACAAUGGCCAAGGCCCUGCCCCAGGGCAUCCUGGGCACGGCACUGGUGAAGGCGCUGUCCUGGGGCGAGCUGGGCACCACCCUGUCCCGCGCCUUGUCCCAGGGUGAGCUGCGGGCGGAACUCACUAAGGCCAUUCAAGGCCGACUGGCGGAUGUGCUCAGCAAGGCCCUGACGGAGGAGGAGAGGGCCACCUUCAACCAGGCCCUGUGUCAGGGGGAGCUGGGCGCUGUUCUGAGCCAGUCUUUGUCUCAGGCAGCCUUGAGGUCUGGAGUUGUCCUUCCCAAGGCUGCCUCGAAAACAGCGGGAAGCAGGAUGACGGUGAUGCCGACCCCAGUGGAGGUGGACUACAGGGGGAGCCCGUCGGCUGCCUGGGGGCCCACCCUGGGCUCCAUGAGACUACAGCCUGGCAAGGUCAGGUUUCCUUGGGGUGGGGCGUGGGAGGGCUUUGUCACCAACUGGCCCUCUGGGCUCUUGGGAGAGAUGGGGGAUGGGGCCAUGCUCGUGGGGUCACCCUGCUCAUCAGUGGUCUCUGUGGGAGCCUUAUUGAUUGGUAAGGUGGUCACCACCAUUCAUCAGUAUUUCCUGCUCGCUGCCCUGGACCCCACUCUGUCAUGGGAGAUGGGGCCUAGCAGGGACUCCUUAAACCUAAGCUCUGGGGUGAACGAGGAGAAUGUGUGCCUGCACCCAGGGGCCAGUAAAUUGGCAUCAGAUCUCAACCCCGUGUUGAGUGACAUUGACUCCAAUUUGCCCAAGUCACCCCACCAGCAUCCUCCCUGCAGUCUUUGGCAGCCGCUCACUGCCAAUGGUGUGGGCCCUAGCACUAGCCGGCCAUCAUUGGCCGGUGGUGGCAUGACCCCGAGUUCCCACAAUCCACCUGAGGUCAGCACGGUGGCCCCACGUCCAUGGGCGUCGUCGAGGGAGGGCAGGGUGGCACCAGACAAGCUUCCCAGAACUACAGGUGGUAGGAGGGCCACCCACUCCCACCAGUGUGCUGCCACUUCUGGGGGGUCUGCUUGCUGGUGUCAGCCCUCAGGGGUUGGCAGGGUGCCCCCUGGUAUGUGUCGAUCUUCAGUGGCCAAGGGUCCCCAACAGCCAUCCAUGGUCCCCAAGGAGAUCCUGCAGAGGACUCAGUCCCCCAAUCAUAGACGGGCCUCCAUGGGCACUAGGGAGAUGACCAACAAGGUAACCCCAAGUCCACCGCAUGCCACCACGGUGACCAAGGUGCCCCUAAUCCAACCACAGGCGCCCAAGGCCUGUGUCAUAACCCCAGGUCUUCGGCCUGAUUCCAUGGCCCCUGGUCAUCACUGGGCACUCAAGACUCAGGUUGAUCCCAGUGUUUUCCAAGCCUCCCCAGGCAAGAGGUUGGCACUGACCCUUCCCCGUGUAGCCAUCUCCAGGCAAGAGAAGAAUCAAACACGGGGGACCAUUUCCAGUGGAUGCUGCCCACAGGAGCUGGUGACUAACCAUAUACUCAAGGAACUGGUGGCUAGUUUACCACAGGGUUCAGACAGUGACCUGGCCAGGAGCUUCUCCCAGGGCUCCACAGGCUACGGCCCCAAUGUGAGCAAUUCCCAGAGCUCACUGUGUAGUUGCAGUUCACUCAGCCUUUCCACCAUGUCUGUGGCCAGCUUGACCACUGUAGACCUGGUGGAAGGGGAGUCCUGGGAAGCCAGUUUGGACAAGGACUUUCAUCAAGAUGCUCUCCUCUCUGGAGAGGCCGGGGAUAAAUCCCAGGGACCUGGAAAUAUGGAAGAGAUUGAGAGAGCAGGUGUUGGGCACGUGACCCUAAACCUCCACGACCAGUCCUCUGGAGCCUCAGAGCUGAUCCCCAUUCUGCAUCACAGCUCAGUGUCCAGUCGCAUGACCUUGAGUGUCCACUGGGGCUCAGAUGACUGGGAUGAGGGAAAUAUGUCCUCAGGCCAAAGCUCCAUGGAUCUGAGGGAGAGCUUGUCCCAGAAACCCUAUAAGGCUGGGUUGACAAGAAGUCUGUCUUUUAAUAAUGUCCCUACUGCAUAUCAGUGGUCAUCUGUGGCCAGUAGGUUAACACCAUGCCUAUCACAACCCACAAUAGCCAGUAAGGUGGCCCCAAACCCAAGCCAGCCUUCUAUGGCCAGUAGGGUCAUCCCCAGCCUAUCUGAGCUCUCUAUGGCCAGUAAGAUGACUCCCACCCUAGGUGUACCAUCUAAAACCAAUAGGGUGGACCUCUGCCUAGCCCAGCCAUGUAGGGUCAGUGGGGUGGCCAUUAGCCUAGGCCAGCCACCUGUGAUAUGUGAAGUGGCCCCCAGCCUACCUCAGCUAUCAAUGACUGAUGAGGUGGCACCCAGCUUUGCCCAGCCAUUGAUGGCUGGUGGGGUCGCCCUCAGCCUAGCCCAGCCACCUGUGACCAGUGGGGUGGCCCCCAGCCUAGCCCAGCCACCUGUGACUGGUGGAGUGACCCCCAGCCUAGCUCAGACAUCUGUGACCGGUGGGGUCACUCCCAGCCAAGCCCAGCCAUCUGCAACCAGUGGGGUGACCCCUAGCCUACCCCAGCUAUCUGUGACCAGUGGGGUGACCCCCAGCCUAGCCCAGCCACCUGUGACCAGUGGGGUGACCCCCAGCCUAGCCCAGCCACUUGUGACUGGUGGGGUGACCCCCACCCUAACCCAGCCAUCUACGACCAGUGGGGUCACUCCCAGCCUAGCCCAGCCACCUACGACUGGUGAGGUGACCCCUAGCCUAACCCAGCUAUCUGUGACCAAUGAGGUGACCCCCAGCCUAGCCCAGCCACCUGCGACUGGUGGGGUGACCCCCAGCCUGUCCCAGCUAUCUGUGACUGGUGGGGUGACCCCCAGCCUAGCCCAGCCAUCUAUGACCAGUGGGGUCACUCCCAGCCUAGCCCAGCCACCUACGACCGGUGAGGUGACCCCUAGCCUAACCCAGCUAUCCGUGACCAAUGGGGUGACCCCCAGCCUAGCCCAGCCAUCUAUGACCGGUGGAGUCACUCCCAGCCGAGCUCAGCCACCUGCAACCAGUUGGGUGACCCCUAGCCUAGCCCAGCUAUCUGUGACCGGUGGGGUGACCCCCAGCCUAGACCAGCCAUUUAUGACCGGUGGGGUGACUCCCAGCCUAGCCCAGCCAUUUAUGACCGGUGGGGUGACUCCCAGCCUAGACCAGCCAUCUAUGACCGGUGGGGUGACCCCCAGCCUAGACCAGCCAUCUCUAACCAGUGGGGUGACCCCCAGCCUAGCCCAGCCACCUGUAGCUGGUGGGAUUGCCUCCAGCCUAGGCCAGACAUCUAUGAUCAGUAGAGUAGCCCCCAGCCUUGCCCAUCCAGCUAUGACCAGUGAGAUAACUCCCAGCCUAGCCCAGCCACAUAUGACCAGUAGAGUGGACCUUAGCCUAGGUCAACCAUCAAUGGCCGCUGGUGUAACUCCAAGCACAGUCCAGCCAUCCAUGAGAGAUGGGAUGACCCCCAGCCUAGCCCAGCCAUCUGUGCCUGGUGGGGUGGCCCCCAGCUUAGCACAGACAUUUAUGACUGGGGGGGUUGUCCCCAACCUAGGCCAGACAUCUAGGGUUGGUGGGGUGGCCCCCAGUCUGGCCCAGUCAUCUAUGACCAUUGGGGUCACCCCUAGCCUAGGCCAGCCAUAUUUGACCAUUGGGAUGACCCCCUGUCUAGCCCAGCCAUCCUUUGCUGGUGGGGUGGCUCCUAGCUUAGGCCAGCCUUCUAUGGCUUGUGUGGUGGCCCCCAGCCUAAGCCAGCCAUCUUUGACCAGUAGGGGGCCCCCCAGCCAGGCCCAGCCAUCUGUGACCAGCGGUGCGGGUUGUGCACUCAGUCAGCCAAGUUGGGCCCCUAGGGUGGGUUCAAAUCUACCAUCAUCAAGGGUGAACGCAGUGGCUCCCACUCUGCGUCAUUCAUCAUUUGCCAUUGAAGUCACCUCCUGUACACCGUAUCCAUCACUGACUAAUGGCUUGGGCCAGGGUCUGAGCCAGCCAACCAUGUCUACUAGGGUGGACCCAUGUCAAGAUCCUCUGAUGGUUAGUGGGGUGGCCUCAAAUCCCCAGGCCCCUGAGUUCAGCGAGAUAUCCCUUGGGUUUUAUCAGCCACACAGUAUUGGUGGAAGGCGCCCAAGCAUAACUGAACAGUCUGCUGUCACAGUUUCAGCUCCAAAUCUCUACCAGGCAUCUAUUACCAGUGGAGGGGACUCUUGUCUGGGCCAGGGAACCAGCAUAUCUCAGGGGAUUCUGUUCCAGGGUAUGGCUGCAAGCAUGUCCCAGGGCACCAUGGCUGCUGGCACGCUCCCGGGUGUGUCUCAGGGGACUCUGGCGGCUGGCAUGUUUCUUAGUAUGUCUCGAGUACCUAUGUCUCCUGGCAUGAGCAGGAGUAUGUGCCGGAGAAGUGUGGCAACUGGUAUGGGCCCAAGACAAUCUCAAGGGGCCAGGGGCGUGGCUCCCCUCACAUCCCGGGCCUCACUGGCCAGUGCCCCUUUGAUUCAUCAACCAGUCUCAGGGGUGCGCCCUGGCUUUUCUCAGGCUUCAGUGCCCAGUGGACUGGAUAUGAGUUUGUCCAAGUUUUCCCUGAGCAGUGUGAGUCCCAGUAUAUCUCAGACCAAAGGUAGUCUCCCAAUACCUUUGGACCACCAGUGUCCUUCUGUGUCCACAAUCUCCACAUCCAGUUAUCAACAAGCACACGGUGGCAGUCAGCAGCCUGGGAUGGGCAUAACCAGAGGUGUGGUGCCAGGUUCUGUAGCCGGUAGGAUUUCCACGGCUGUGGCCCCAGGUUCUAUGGCUGAGGGCAUGGCCCCUAGCCCUCCCCCAGGGUCCGUGAUCAGGGGCGUGGGCCAGAGCCUUCCUCCAGGGUCCAUGGUGACCUGUGUGGCCCCCAGCCUUCCACCAGGUUAUAUGAUCAAUGGUGUGGUUCAGACCCUCCUUCCAGGGUCUGUGAUCAGCAGCAUGGGCCAGGACCUCCCUCCAGGGCCUGUGAUCAGUGGCAUAGGCCAGGGCCCCCCUCCAGGGCCUGUGAUCAGUGGCAUAGGCCAGGGCCCCCCUCCAGGGCCUGUGAUCAGUGGCAUAGGCCAGGGCCCCCCUCCAGGGCCUGUGAUCAGUGGCAUAGGCCAGGGCCCCCCUCCAGGGCCUGUGAUCGGUGGCAUGGGUCAGGGCCUCCCUCCAGGGCCUGUGAUCGGUGGCAUGGGCCAGGGCCUCCCUCCAGGGCCUGUGAUCGGUGGCAUGGGCCAGGGCCCCCCUCCAGGGUCUGUGAUCUGUGGCAUGGGCCAGGGCCCCCCUCCAGGGUCUGUGAUCUGUGGCAUGGGCCAGGGCCCCCCUCCAGGGCCUGUGAUCGGUGGCAUGGGCCAGGGCCCCCCUCCAGGGUCUGUGAUCUGUGGCAUGGGCCAGGGCCCCCCUCCAGGGUCUGUGAUCUGUGGCAUGGGCCAGGGCCCCCCUCCAGGGUCUGUGAUCUGUGGCAUGGGCCAGGGCCCCCCUCCAGGGCCUGUGAUCGGUGGCAUGGGCCAGGGCCCCCCUCCAGGGUCUGUGAUCUGUGGCAUGGGCCAGGGCCUCCCUCCAGGGCCUGUGAUCGGUGGCAUGGGCCAGGGCCCCCCUCCAGGGUCUGUGAUCUGUGGCAUGGGCCAGGGCCUCCCUCCAGGGCCUGUGAUCGGUGGCAUGGGCCAGGGCUUCCCUCCAGGGUCUGUGGCCAAUGGCAUGGCCAGAACGCUGUCUCCAAGUUCCGUGGUGACUGGGGUGUCCCCUAGUCCGAUUGCAGCCUCUGGUGCUGGUGGGAAGAGGCAAGGUCUCUCUGUAAGACCCUCAGCCAGUCUAACUGUUCCAAACCUGCUCCUAGGUUCAGCAGCAAGUGGGGUGGGCCCAGGUAUCCCACCUGGUCCUGUGGCCUCUAGUGUGGCCCCAUCAUCUAUGAAUCAGAGCCUGGUUCUGGGGUCCAUGGCUAGUGCAGCUGGUCCACCCUCCACUGUCAGAAGCAUGGCCCAGGGCCUUCCCCACGGGUCCCUGCUGAUUGGGAUCACCCCCCGUCCAUAUCAUGGAAUCCUGUCAGGGGAAGGUUCUACAGCCUCUUUCCAAGCAUCCCAUGCCACUGGCCUGGCUCAAGUUCAUCCCCAGACCUUGGAAGCUAAUGGCACAGCCAAGGGAGUGCACCAAGUGCCCACGGUUCUGCAAAAAGCCUCAGAGUUGAGCCAGGCUCUUGGGAUGAUGCCAUUUGAGACCAUAGGCAGACAGACAGGGAUGAAGCCAGAGGACGUGGACAAGGUUCUGCCCCAGGAGUCCAUAUCCAGAAGGGGGUCUGAGGUACUUGAGGCAACCCCGUGGAUGUACCAUAGUCCCCUGGCAACUGACAUCGACUAUGGCCAUGACUUCCCUCCAGAGGACGAGACUCUUCCCAAAGGCCAGAGGCCGCUGUUGAAGGAGGUGGCUCCAAGCCAAGCUAAGUCUAUGGCCAGUGGCAUGGCCUCUGUCCCUCCCCAGUCUCUGAGUUUUGCCAAGAACUCCAUCGCCAGUGGUGGCACCCCAGCCCUGCAGCAGAAGACAGCAACCAGUUGGGGGGCCCACAGUUCUCACUCUGUGGCUGCCAGCAGGGUCCCUGGUGUUCAUCAGCAGGCAUCGGUGCCUCACGUUGUGCCCCGGAGCCCCUCAGUGGCUCACGUGCCCCGGAGCCACUCCCGUGGGAUGAUGGCUUCUGCUGUAGUCUCAAGGUCACCCAAGCUGGCCAGUUUGCACCCAGGGUCUGUGGCUGGGAUGGGGACCCCAAGCACUUCUCGGAGGUCAGGGGCCACCAGCGUGUCCUCACAUGUGCCACUUCAUCCACCCCUGGCUAGAGGGGUAGCGCCCCGUGGGUUCCAGAAGGAAGCCAUCCCCAGCGCACUCUGGAAGCCAGUGUCUGGGGACCUGAUUCAGAAUGGCCACAGGUAUCUUAGCCAUAGAAAAUCCUACAGGUCCAUGCAUGGUAUCCCUGUCCCACAGAGGCCAGAAAAUUCUGUGGCAAAGAUUGUGCCCUCCCAUCAGGUGCAGGAGGAUGCCUCCAAGUCCUCACAGGAAGUUCUUAAAAAUUCCAUAGGCGCACCGGUGGCCAUAAUGCCAAUCAUCCGCACGGCCAUCCCUAGGCUGAACCUGGGGGCUCGGAGGGUGUCUCUGGGCUAUGAGUCUUCACCGAGUGGUUCCCUGCGACCCCUUUUUAACCAGAAGUUGCUGCUGAGAUCUCAGGACUCCCAUAGCUCUGUGGCUCCUGUAGACAGUCACAGGGCCUCCCUGACUCCCACUGUACUCCAGGGCCCUAAGGACGCUGGCGUAUCUGGUGGCCAAGCGUGGAACUCCGUCGUCCCCAGUGUAGCGGUUGGGCGCAGGAACAGCACCGUGGCCCCUUGUGGUACGUGGGAGCCACCCAGGGACGCUGUGCCAUGGGAUGCCAUGGGCAGCAAAGUGGCAGUGGAUCCCAGACAGCCAGGGGAGCUGGUGGCGUCAGUGCAGGCUGUGGAGAAGAUAAUCAUCCACGCCGUGGUCAUUAUCCAGGCAUGUACACGAGGCUACCUGGUGCGCCGUACCAUCAAGAUUUGGCACCAGUGGGCCAUCAUCAUCCAGGCUGCCUGGCGUGGCUACUGUGUGCGGCGGGACCUGGCCCGGCUCUGCAGGGCUGUCACAAUAAUCCAGGCUGCAUGGCGAGGCUUCUGCACCCGCCGGAGUCAUGCUCAGCAAAUGCUGCUCCCAAGCAUGUGGGCGGAGGUGGGCGCCAGGGCCAGGUCUACAUCUGACCACCGCUGCUUCCAGUCCUGCCAGCCACAUGACUGUACCCUCUGCCGGUCACUGAGCUCCGGGCUGGGGAGCCCACCCAGCGUGGUGAUGCUUGUGGGAUCCAGCCCCCGCACGUGCCACAUGUGUGGCCACACCCUGCCCACGAGAGUGGUGCAUGGCAUGGGCCGGGGUGCUGCGGUCCAGGCUGUCACGCCUCGGAGCUGCAUUACCCAGUCAACACCUCGGAGCCCCCGCCAACCCCAUCCCCCGAACAAGGCGGCCACGGCCAUCCAGUCCGCCUGGAGGGGCUUCACUGUACGCCGCCGGCUGAAGCAGCAACAGCUAGCAGCCAAGACGCUUCAAGCCACCUGGCGCGGCCACUCCACCCGGGCCUCCCUCACCACGGAUGCACUUUUGGGAUCGGCGAUGUGGGACAACUCGCGACACACGCAGUGGCCUGGCAUCUAGGACCUUGGCUUCCUAAUCGGGGGACACCAGGGGAGGGGCCGUGUGGCUCUCUGUAUCUAAUGAAUAAAGCCCUCCAC